AGACGAAGACGACGACGAGAGAGGGGGAAAGAAGGUGUCCUCGGCACUAGUUUAUCGGUCGCGGGCGUGCUGGAGCCUAUCCCAGCUGUCAUCGGGCAGGAGGCGGGGUACACCCUGAACUGGUUGCCAGCCAAUCGCAGGGCACAUCGAAACAAACAACCAUUCGCACUCACAGUCAUGCCUACGGGCAAUUUAGAGUCUCCAAUUAAUGCAUGUUUUUGGGAUGUGGGAGGAAACCGGAGUGCCCGGAGAAAACCCACGCAGGCACGGGGAGAACAUGCAAACUCCACACAGGCGGGGACGGGGAUUGAACCCCCGCACCUCAGAACUAUGUCUGACACAGCAGCAGAGGAUGAGAAACACUAUCUUCAAGGCCAACUGAGGCGAAAGGAGGAGCAAGUCCAGCAGGCUGCCCAUGCUGGCUUGGAUCUGCUUAAUCAGCUAACAGAAACGCAAACUAGGCUUGAGGAACAGAGGCUGGAGAUGACGUGUGUGCUUGAGGAUCUUAAGCAAGACAAGUAUACGCUGCAGAAGGAAGUGGCGCUGAAGACCCGGCUAAUUGAAUCGUUGCAGUCAGAGGUCGACUGUUUGAAGAAACUGCAUCGACAGAACAUGGAAGAUGAAAAGGAAAAACUCGAGAGGAGUCACUGCACCACUAUUAAUGAACUCAACAACAAGCUAAUGAUGCUACAAUCUGUUCUGGAUGAGUCACAGCUUGUUGAGAAACAGCUGAAAGAAAAACUUGAAUUCCAGACCAAUGUGCUGAAUAAUAAGAUGGAGGAGCUUCGAGUUCUGAAUGAAGACGCUCAUAGUUCACCAACGUCAGAGUUACUGGAUGUGCAGAAAAAAGUUCUGGAGUUGGAGAAUGUCAAGUUGGAGUUGGAACUGACACAAAAGGAAUCGCAGUACAGAGAGCAGCAGCUGCAAUUGACCAAUAGCGCCCUACAGCACAAUCUCAAGCAAACUACAGAGGAGAGAAACAAAGAAGCUGCCACCUGGUAUGCGGCAUUAGAGAAAUCUCGUGAGGUGAAUCGUGAACUCCAGGACCAUUUGGAAACGGUUCUACAACAGGCCCAGGAUCCAAACAGCAAAGGCAAUUCUCUUUUCGCUGAGUUGGAGGAUAAACGUGCUGAAAUGGAGAAAAAGCUUAUCAGCAUGAAGGUCCAGUACGAGUCACUUCAAACACAAUAUGCCUUCAACAAACAGCAGUUGCAACGUAUGAAGGUCCACAUUGCCACUCUGAUGCAGCUUCGAUGUUCACGGGCUGACCCCUCUCAACUGGACAGACUCCAGUCUAUGUUGUCAGAGAAGAAUGAUGAGAUACACAAUUUGAUGAAUAAAAUACAGAGACUGGAGAAGGUUGAGGUAAUGUUGAAGACCCAGGAGAGUAAUGCAAGUCCUUCAGAAAUUGGUAAUGGCCGUGAUGAAACGUUUUAUACUGACCUGCUCAAAAUGAAACUCGACGAUGCAGUUAAGGAUGUGGAACGUGUAGGAGCUGAACUUUCUCUGCAAAGGAUGAAGUCUUUGUCAGAAAGCCAGAAAGCUCUGGAUCUGGAAAGGAAACUCUUCACCAAGGAACGUCUUCUCAAACAGGCCCAGUCCGAUAAGAUCCGACUGCAGCUUCAAGUAGAGGAGCUACAACACAAAUAUGAACCCAAAAAGACAACUGAUUUGUUCCAGAGGAGAAAGAGAGAGAAAGUACCUGUCGAUACUGUACCAUCAUUUGAAGGAAUUGCACUUGAUAAGGGCGAGCAGAUUUCAAAGGGAGCGGACAUCACUCAUACUGUGAUUCUUCACCCUGAGACAGAUAAGUGUCCUACUGGCCAGACAGCAUUUCCACGACAGGGAUUUGACGCAGGGCCAAAAUCAGCCAAGCGUGUCAAGAUCUGUGAGGGUGACCCUGUUUUGAUCCCCAAUCCCAGGCCAGCCAGCGACGUUGUUGGGGGGGCCAAGGCAAACAUGGUCACAAUUCAAAGAGAAGAGCCAAUACACCUGAGCCUGAAGACGGAAAAAAGGAGGCAGAAUGUGCUAGUCCCAUACAUGCCUGGUUUAUCACAGACACUCAGAAGGUUGUAUCCAAACAACGUACGAAUGCAUUUAAAAUCCACGAACACACUCGGACAAAAGCUUGUUCACCCCAAGGACAAAAUGUUGAGAAGCAAGCUCAGCGAUGUUGUUUUACGCAGUGCAGUGAGGAGUGCAAUGACCUCUACAUUGGCGAGACGAAGAAGCUGCUGCACAGGCGCAUGACGCAACAUUGGAGAGUGGCUUCUUCGGGUCCAGAAUCAAUGUUUAAUUUGCAUUUGGAGAAAAAUUCCUUCAAAGUCAAAACGUCCAAAUUCUGGAAAGGGAGGACCGCUGGUUUGAAAGAGGUGUAAAAGACACCAUCUAUGUCAAACUGCAAAAGCCGUCUCUAAAAAAAUUCGGUUUGAGGCAUCACCUAUCGUGUGCCUAUGACAAUGUCCUGACAUCUCUCCCCCCAAAGGUAGCCUCAUUGGAAGAGUGGCGCGAACAAGCUGUUUUGCCACAAGACGAGUGAACCGCUCAUUGGUUUGCAGGACAGUUGUUUCACUGACCAAGCAGGGCAACAACAACACCCCCAGAGGACACACCCACCAAAGCAUAAAUAGGGGAGACCACACCUAAAAUCUUUAACAUAAAAAGCCUUUAGGAAGAAAAGUGAAACCUGGUCAACAAACAACAACAGUCCGGUUGCCUUGAUUCAACCUUUGUGGAUUACCAUAACCUGGACGACUGAGAGUUUACACAGACAUAUCAGGUUUGUACUCCGCUGUAUAUAUAUUUCUUUUGCACACAAAACACAGAGAACCAACCACCACACAAGCAGGAGAGAUGUUAGUGAUGGAGCGUAGAAACAGUGUUGCAUCCUUUGAGCAAGAUCAGGCGAUUCACAGUGCCUUGGUCAAGGGCAUCAUAGAAUCAGAGGACUGUGUUUUUGUUUUUUCCCU